AAUGAACUCAAGAAGCACACAUCUAACAGAAUAUGCAAUAAAAUAAAUAAUUGCUGAUCAAUUCACUUAAUGGGAAAUAGUAAAUCCUAGUCAAAUCUAAAUAAGUAGAUUAGCAGGAUUAACUAAUAUAACAUAUAAGGUAGAAAUAAAUGAAGAAAUCAUACCCAAAACUAUUGUGUUUAGAGAGUAUCAAUAUAAUUUAAUGAUUAGAUUUGGAAAUGCUGAAGGAUUUGUUGAUUCUAAAUAAGAACGAAUUAUUUUUAAAACAAUUUCUGAUUUAGAAUUAGGUCCAAAAUAAUUAUAAUGUGGUGAUAUUUGGAGAAUGGAAGAAUUUGUAACAGAUGGAAUUCAUCCAACUAAUUAAAAAAUGGGAUCACCUCUAUUUCAAUUUAGAUCUAUGGGAGUCUUAUAAAAGUUUCAUUAAAUGGAAAUACCAAUUCCAAAUAAUGGUACAUCCAUGAUUCUUAAUAAGACAUUAUCAGAGAAUAUGAAAAUAAAUGUGAUUAGGAAGAUUUAAAAAAAAGAAUUAUAUACAGAUGUAGAACUCAAAUAAUUAGAAAAUAUUGAAUCAUUCUUAAAUAAUGAUGAUGAAUACAAGUAUUUAUAAGAAAUGAUUGGAAAAGAAAAUAAUGAAGAAGUAAAUAUAUUUAUUAAUAAUUUUUAGUUAAAAUUUUGUCAUAAUGAUUUAAAUUAAUUAAAUAUAUUUAGUACAACAAGAAAGGAUAAAGAAAUAGUCUUUAUUGAUUAUGAAUAUUGUUCAUAUAACUAUCCUUCAUAUGACAUUGCUAAUUUUCUAAAUGAAUCUGCUAUCAAUUAUUAAUAUGAAGAUGAACCAUAUUAUGUUUUAGUUGAUGAUAAUUUUGAUACAGCUCCAAUUUAAGCUCACUUUUUAGCUUUGUGUUAUCUAAUUCAUUAGAAUUGUCAAAUGAAUGAGAUUAAUUAAAUUGUUGAGUUUAUAACUUAAAGAACCAAUAAAAAUAAAGAUGAAUUAAAUACUUUUAUAAGUAUGAUUAAAUAAAUUUUGGAAUAAAGAAUGAAUUAAAAAUAGAUUAGUGAAUUAUUUGAAUCUGUAUCUUAUUUGAAAAGAAGAAUAAGAAGAUUGUAAAUGAUAUCUAAUCUUAAUUGGGUUUGGUGGAGUGUUCUUUUAGCUCAUGAAAAGAACUCAUUGAAUUUUGAAUAUAUUGAUUAUGGAUAUUUGAGAUUCAAAAUGUUUGAAAAAUUAUUAGAAUUAGAAAAAGUAAGAGGAAUAAAUAAAUGA